CCGCCGCAGGGGCCCGGGCCCAACGCCGAGGACGGCGAGCCGGAGAGCGUGCGCAUCCAGCGGGCCCAGAUGGCGGCCCUGGCGGCCAUGCGGGCAGCGGCCGCCGGCCUGAGCCAUGCCCCCAGCCCGGGGGGCUCCGAGGAGAGCCCCAUGUCUGGCGAUGAGGAGGAGGAGGACGAGAUAGAAGAAGACGAGGCUGCCCCGGCCCCUCCUGCACGGGCAGAUGAGCCAGCCCAGGGGACAGAGGGCAGCCACGGGCGCUUCCAGGAGCUGGUCUCAGAGGAGGAGGAGGAGAUGAAACAAAAAUGGGAAGAAGAAGACUUUGAGGAGGACCCCGGGGAGGAGGAAGAAGAGGAAGAGGAGGAGGAGGAGGAGGAAGAUGACUAUGAGGAAGAAGAGGAGGAGCUGGGAGAGGAAGGGAUAGGUCCGGCCGGCCGGGCCAGGCUGGGCACCGGCUCCCUGCUCCCUCGGAAGCCACCGGCUCCCCAGCCCUUUCUGGGAGAUACGUCCCGGUUGCUGGGGGGCCAGGACCGCCUGGCUGCAGGACUCACCCACCCGGGCACCUCUCAGCUCCCGCCUCAACCACAACCUCCUGACCACGGGGACUGGACGUAUGAAGAACAAUUUAAGCAGCUAUAUGAACUGGACGGGGACCCCAAGAGAAAAGAAUUCCUGGAUGACCUCUUCAGCUUCAUGCAGAAACGAGGGACCCCGGUGAAUCGGAUCCCCAUCAUGGCAAAGCAGGUCCUGGAUUUGUACAUGCUCUACGUGUUGGUGACCGAGAAGGGUGGCCUGGUAGAGGUGAUCAACAAGAAACUCUGGAGGGAGAUCACCAAGGGCCUCAACCUGCCCACCUCCAUCACCAGUGCUGCCUUCACCCUGCGGACGCAAUAUAUGAAAUACCUGUAUCCCUACGAAUGUGAGAAAAGAGGAUUGAGCAACCCCAGUGAGCUACAGGCUGCCAUCGACAGCAACCGGCGAGAGGGCCGCCGACAGGGCUUCGGAGGCUCCCUCUUUACCUACUCCCCAGGAGGGGCCCACAGCAUGCUGUCCUCACCCAAGCUGCAGGUGGCCCCCCUGGGCCUGCCAGCCAAUAGCAACGGAGGUGCCAUUGCCCCGACUCAGAAGAUCAAAAAAGAGGAAGACUCUUCCAUUCCCAUCACGGUGCCCAGCCGCCUGCCCGUCUCCCUGGCAGGCCACUCUGUGGUGGCAGCCCAGGCGGCCGCCGUGCAUGCAGCUGCGGCUCAAGCAGCCGUCGUGGCCCAGGCUGCUGCCCUGGAACAGCUACGGGAGAAGCUGGAGUCUGGUGAGCCCCCGGAGAAGAAGAUGGUCCUGGUGGCAGAUGAACAGCAGAGACUGAUGCAGCGAGCCUUGCAGCAAAACCUCCUGGCCAUGAGUGCCCAGCUGCCCAUGAGCAUCCGAAUCAAUAGCCAAGCAUCAGAGAACCGCCAGGACUCGGCCAUGAACCUAACCAGCACCAAUGGCACCAACAGUAUUAGCAUGUCCGUGGAAAUCAAUGGUAUCAUGUAUACAGGGGUGUUGUUCGCUCAGCCUCCAGGUACACCAGCCUCUGUCCCAGCCUCCACUCACAACAAAGGUGGCAACAGCAACAGUAACAGCAGCAAUACCAACAGCAACAGCAGUAGCAGCAGCCGGGGUGGCCCUGGCGCAGGUGGCCCAGGCAGCGGAAGUGGCGGCGGCGGUGGCAGCGGCGGCGGCGGCAGCAGUGGCAGCAGUGGUGGCGCUCAGGCUGGGGCAGCGGGUCUGUCUGUCCCUCCAGCUUCUACCUCGAAUAACUCUUUGCCUUAAGCCGCCAAAGGGGCUUAGCCUGCCCCCCUCUUUCUCUCUCUCUCUCUUUCUCUUUCUCUUUCUCUUUCUCACCCA